CAGUCAUUGUGGGACGCUUCAUCGCAUCGGAAGUAUCAUUUUCUUGUGUGCACAACGAAAAUCCCUGCCAGGGUCAACGACGUUCCCUAUCUUAUUGUCAUUCAACCGGUGUCAUCCAUCUCUUACCACUACUGUCUUACUCUUUCUCUCUCUCUCUCUCUCUCUCUCUCUCUCUCUCUCUCUCUCUUUCUUUCCCCCUUCCCUCUCCUUUUCCCUCUCUCUUUCUCUCUCUUUCUCUGGAUACCUCUUAAAGUCAAGGUUACUAGUUAUGUUAGCAUUAUCGAUAAUAUUUCUUUUGGUGGGUUUGGCGUCGGCCCAAAUACCUGCCCUCGGCAAUUGUCCAGACGUUGAAUAUAUGACGAACUUUGAUAUAGGAAAGUACAUGGGUGUGUGGUACGAGAUAGAAAAAUAUUUUGCUGUGUUCGAAUUUGGUGGAAAAUGUGUACAAGCUAAUUACACACUCAACAAUAACAAAACGAUUAAAGUAGUAAAUCGACAAAUUUCUUACAUAACCGGCGUCGCAUCAUCAAUCGAAGGAAUUGCAAGAUCCGAGGGUGCAUCGAACGAAUCGAAAUUACUCGUCACAUUUCCAUCCGUUCCGUUUGGAGGGAAUGCUCCUUAUUGGGUCUUAGAAACUGAUUAUGACAAUUAUACCGUCGUUUGGAGUUGCAAAAGUUUCGGAAUAUUACACGCUAAAAUUGUUUGGAUCUUGGCACGAGAACCUUCACCGUCUCUCGAUGUUAUGCAGAAAGCUUAUCAAGUUCUUAAUAGGAAUAGAAUAAAUAGAGCUUAUUUUAUGCGCACGGAUCAAAAGAAUUGUCCGGCAAAUUAUUAAAAAAUUCAUUAUUGCCCUUUCAAAAAAUUUAAUUCGAAGAAUUUCUCAAUUGUUAUAUAUAUAUAUAUAUAUAUAUAUAUAUAUAUAUAUUUGUUAAAAAUUGUUGAUAAAAUUUUUGCCAAAUAACUGUGACCAUGCAACCCCUUAUAUAUUUUAAAUAUAUGUAUUAUUAUUUAUUAUAUAUAAAACUCGAUCGUCAAAACAGAGAUUACGUUUGCCGGCCAUUUUCUACUUGAUCGAUAAAGUAGAUAUUUAUCAUUGUUCACAUGUAAUUAGAUGCAGAUGUUCAGUUUGAAGGACAAUCAAUUUGUCUGUUUGACAUGUUAGAUUUAAGAAAUAGAAAUUUACAAUGGUUGAUUUUUUUCUUUAUUAUUAUUUAUAAAUAAAAAAUUUUCCAAUUACUCUUAGUCUUGUUGGUAAAGCAGUUAGUUACAGAACUUAUCAUUUUCAGUCGAUGAGGACGGAAAGUUUCAUGAUUUUAGAUAAAUUUUAAUGGCUCGAUCAUCUACAAGAGUCGAUUAGUUAGGAUUGUGUACUUAAAGGGUACAAAAUUUGUUCUAAUAACUUUACCUAUUUUGUGAUUAUAUAGAUCUAUCGAUCACGAUGUUCCAUUCAUCUAAAAUAUAAACUUUAUAUAUAAAUAUAAACAAAUUUUUUCUGUUUUUUUUUUUUUUUUUACUUUAUACGGACUGAAAUUGUAUCCAAAGAAUGUAUUAUUUAUUGACUUUUAAAUAAGCUCAGAAUGUAAAUUUAAAAAGAAGAAGAAAGAAGACGAGUUGUGUUUCAAGCGAUCGAUAAACUCAAAAAAGUGUAAUUUUGUUAAUAAACUUUUUAACAUAA